AAUGAUUUUUGCUGAUCUAGAUAGUUUUUGGCUUAAAGUUGUCAGAUGUAAGGGUGGCCAUUCCUGUUCUGAUUUGUUUGCAAGGAAGAUCUUUUCCUAUCCCUUCACUUUCUGUCUAUGUGUGUCCUUGGAUCUAAAGUGGGUUUCUGGGGGCUGGUGCCAUGGCUCACUUGGCUAAUCCUCCACCUGUGCUACUGGCACCCCAUAUGGGUGUGGGUUCUAGUCCCGGCUGCUCCUCUUCCAGUCCAGCUCUCUGCUGUGGCACGGGAGGGCAGUGGAGGAUAGCCCAAGUGCUUGGGCUCCUGCACCCACGUGGGAGACCAGGAGGAAGCACCUGGGUCCUGGCUUCAGAUUGGCACAAUGCCAGCUGUAGCGGCCAUUUGGGGGGUGAACCAAUGAAAGGAAGACCUUUCUCUCCGUCUCUCUCUCUCACUGUCUAACUCUAUCUGUCCAAUAAAAAAAUAAAGUGGGUUUCUUUUAGGUAGCAUACAGUUGGAUCUUGUUAUUUUCUAAUCCAUUUAGCCACUAUAUAUCUUUUUAUUGGGGGGAUUUUGUUCAUUCACAUCUAAAGUAAUUAUUGGUAGAAAAUGAUUUACUACUGCUGUUUGGCUGACUAUCUUCUGUUCCUUUGUCCAUCUUUUUUUAUCCCUUGCUCUUUUGUAUUUCAUUGUGCACGUGUGCUUGUAUUGACAGCUUCCAGUUCCUCUUGUUUCUGUGUGUGUAACUUCUAAAGAUAUUUUCUUUAUGGUGGUUAAGGGAUUAUAUAAAAUAUAAAAUAUAUUAUAGUCACUACAAUUUAUAUUAAGCUGAUAACUUCACUUGCAAACAAAAACUCACUGCUUUUACGACUGCUCUUCCCACAUCAUACAUGCUUAUUGUCCCAAUGUGUAUCUGGUUAUAUUACAUAUCCAUCAACAUACCUGAGUUGUAGCUGUUUUUAAUAUCUUGACAUUUUAAUUUUUAUUGGUUUCUGGAGAUUUAUUUUGUUCUUUUGUUUGGAACAAAUUUCUCUGUCAUUUUCCUUGACUCUUAUUAAAAUUAUGUGUUUGUUUACUUGAGAGACAGUGAGAAAGAGACAGAGGAAGAGGCAGAGAGAAAUAACUCUCACUCCUGGUUCAUUUCCCAAAUGCCUUCAAUGACCGGGCUGGGCUGGCACUAGAGCUGGGGUCUGGGAACACAACCAAGCCGCCCGUAGUGGUGGCAGGAAUCCAGUCACUAGAGCCAUCAUUGCUGUUUCCCAGGUAUUGCACUCAAGGACACAAUGUCCAGUACUCUGAUAGGGCAUGCAAGAGUGUUAACACUAGGCCAAAUGCCUGCCCUCAUUUCUGCUUUUUAAAAGAGGAAAUCUGUCUAUAUCCCUCAGAAAUGAAAUAAGAACAAUCUGGGUGUCCCAAGGACUCUCCUGUCUGUCCACUGAUCAGUGUGAGUUGCUUUCCAGUGCUAUGAAUCAUAAUAUCUGCACUGGACCUGUGAUCAAAUCUUUUAUCCAUAAGCAAUGCUAUGAAAACUAUGGUCAAGGUAAGACCUACUGUUGUACCUGAGCGAGUGCAAACAAAGGAGCACCACAGAUUGAUAAAAUCAGAUGGUCCUUUAUUGCCAGUAGUGGAGAGUGGGCUCAUGCCCUAAAGAGCUCUCGACCCUGAAGCCCAAAGCAACAGGGUUUAUAAAGGCAAAAACCAUAAAAUUGGGAAGGGAAUUCAUGGUUGCUAGGAACAGGGGGGAAAACAUGGUUACUGGGGUCAAGCUGACCUAGAACCUAUGCGAAACUAGUAUCAAUUAUAAUCUUGACAAUACCAGUUACAAUCUCAACAAUUCCAAUUAUAAUCUUGACAUUAAUCCAGGUAUUGGUUUUAAUCAUAUGUAGGACAUAGACAAAUUACAUUUUUAUCAUUAACCCAGGUGCAGCCUACCCACUUCCAAGCUUGAGCGAUCAUGCUGGGGGGUUUCUGUGCUCUGCCAAGUGUGAUGUAGUGGACUGCUACUGUUCAACUGUUUUAGAUCAUAGUUUCAGACCAGAGUCUCAUGGUGUGUGUGUGUGGGGGGGCACUUUCCCAGAAUGGAGUCUCCGGUUCUCCAAAAUGGAGUCCCUACUGUCAAGGUGUCACUUCACUACAGAUGGGGAAGAAUGACACCUGGACUUCUCCAUGUCAAACGUGAUGUGACACAGACUCUAUGGAGAAGAGGUCAGAGCAUCUGUAAACAUGGGUGAUGCCCCCCAGGAAGGGAUGGCAGAAGAUGACUCAGGAGGAAAGAGCAGACGAAGUGAGAGUCGACACAUUCAGCUUGGACUAUGCAGCCAGCGUCUGAACCAGGACGAUACACAGAAAGGAAGACACACAAGAUGUGCUUCAGGAAGAGUUCAUGAGAUGAAUGCUAACCCAGCAGGAAAAGGAAAUGAUUUUUCCAUUGAACUUGGAAAACAUCAUUACCUAAUUUAACAACUGCUUACUUAUUAGGAUAAAACACAACAAGGAAGCAGUGGAGUAUAAAAAGGGACCUGGGACAAAGAGAUGUCCAGAUUCAAGACAUACCCUCUUUUGGAAACCUACCCAGAACCUCCACCCUCUGACACCAUGGUCAACUCCUGUUGUGGCUCCGUCUGCUCUGAGCAGGGCUGUGGCCAAGACUUCUGCCAGGAGGAGUCCUGCUGCCGCCCCAGCUGCUGCCAGCCCACCUGCUGCCGCCCCACCUGCUGCAUCUCCAGCUGCUGCCGCCCCAGCUGCUGCCAGCCCACCUGCUGCCGCCCCACCUGCUGCAUCUCCAGCUGCUGCAGGCCCCAGUGCUGCCAGCCCAGCUGCUGCCGCCCCACCUGCUGCAUUUCCAGCUGCUGUAGGCCCCAGUGCUGUCAGCCCUCCUGCUGCCGCCCCACCUGUUGCCAGACCACCUGCUGCAGAACCACCUGUUGUCGCCCCAGCUGUUGCAUCUCCAGCUGCUGCAAGCCCCAGUGCUGCCAGUCUGUGUGCUGCCAGCCCACCUGCUGCAGACCCUCCUGCUGCAUCUCCACCUGCUGCCGCCCCACCUGCUGCAUCUCCAGCUGCUGCAGGCCCAUCUGCUGCCAGACCACCUGCUGUAGAACUCAAUGCUGCCGCCCCAGCUGCUGUGUGUCCACCUGCUGCCGCCCCUGCUGCUCUAGUGGUUCUUGCUGCUGAGCCUUUCACCUCCACUCACCUGUUCUUCAUGAACUAAUACUCUUGAUGUAGUCAAUCUAUGCACUGUAUUGUGAGGGCCCAAUU